AUGUCUUAUCUUACUCGUACAAUUAGUAAUUUUUUAAAGAUAGGACCAAGAGAAUACCUUAGACAAUUAAAUCGUAUUGGAGACACGAAAUUUGGUACUUUUAUUGGAAUUGAUCAAUUUGGAAACAAAUAUUUUGAAAAUAAUGAGGAAUUCUUUGGUAGAGAAAGAUGGGUAGAAUAUGGUACAACAGAAUAUGAUGAUGCUAGUCAAAUCCCCCCUGAAUGGCAACCUUUACCACAUCCAAAAUAUAAAGCAUCACACGUAGAAAAUCCAACUUUAACUCGGAAAGCUUAUAAACCAUAUAAUACUACUGCACCUAAAAUUAUACCUUGGGAACCAAAAAUCUCACCAAGAUCUUGA